UAAAAAGCAACACAGCUCGCCCACAGAACACUAGAAACACCGCCUUAAGUUCACCAACCAGAAGAACUCUAACGUUUGGACAACAUUUCGCAACUUGUGGACCGACGCUGCUUUUCCCUCAGAGUGAAUCUUGUUCUUUCUGAACUUGGGGUUUAUUUAUUACCGACGGAAGAGACAGGUUGAUGGUCACUCUCUCCCGCAACUGACACUGCGUUCCAACCCCCAGAGACUGCUCCUUAACCUGUCGGUGAGCCGCACGCAACACGACUUUAUGUCUACAAAGAUGGAGCAGACGUUUUACCACGACGAAACUUUCCUGUCGGGCUACGGGCACGCGGAGGGCGCCAUGCCCGACUACAAGCUUCUGAAGCAGAGCGCGAGCAUGAGCCUGAACCUGAACCACCUCGCGGAGCCCUACCGCCACCUCAAGUCACUGCGCGCAGACGCCGAGCUCUACCAGGCGGCCCAGCAGGACGUCUCGUGCUCGCUGAAGCUGGCUGCGCCCGAGCUCGAGCGGCUGAUCAUCCAGGGCGGGAGCGGGGUCCUGACCACGCCCACCCCGGGGCAGUACUUCUACAACCGGGGCAUCACAGACGAGCAGGAGGGCUUCGCGGAGGGCUUCGUGAAGGCGCUUGAUGACCUGCACAAGAUGAACCAGAUGCCCCCGCCGAACGUCUCCCUCGGGGCCGCGGGCGGCGGCGUGACGUCGUGCGCGCCCCCGCUGCCCCCUAGCGCGUUCGGCGCGUCACUACAGCAGCAGCCCGAGCCCGCCAUCUACACCACCCUGAACGCCUAUUGCCCCCCCGGCAGCACCGCACUCUCCUCUGCCGCCAGCUACCCCACCACCACCAUCAGCUACCUACCGCACGGCCACGCGCAAAACCACCACCACCAAGCGCACCACCAGCACGCCCCCCACGCGCACCCGGCCUUCCCGCAACAGCUCGCGCCACCGAGACUGGUCGCGUUCAAGGAGGAGCCGCAGACGGUACCCGACCUGCUGAGCAGCAGCGACGGCGGGGGCUCGCCCCCCAUGUCGCCCAUCGACAUGGAGAAUCAGGAGAAGAUCAAGGCCGAGCGCAAGCGGCUGAGGAACCGCCAGGCGGCCACCAAGUGCCGGCGGCGCAAGCUCGAGCGCAUCGCGAGGCUGGAGGAGAAGGUUAAGGUGCUGAAGAACGACAACGCGGGCCUCUCGAGCACCGCGUCGGUGCUGCGCGAGCAGGUGGCGCAGCUCAAGCGGAAGGUGCUGACGCACGUGAGCAGCGGCUGUCAGCUGAUGCUGGCCAGUAAGAUGGAGGCGUUUUAGAAAGAGACACUGACCCGACCCGAGUGGGGGUUCUGAUGACACUGGAGUAAGGUUCUGCGCGUGCACGCCACCGGCACUGGAAUACCGGCGGCACUUUGUUCGCACUGACGACAGAAGGGGCUUGUUGUGAGACGGCUCAGAGACUAUUGAGGGGGGGGCGAGAGACUGCCUGACACGGGACCCCCCUCCCGCGGUGCUGGACGCCGCUAACGGGGCCGUGAGACCCGGCACCCGCUCCCCCGGGUCCCGGUCGGUGUAGACCGGGAAUGAUGAUUAUUGUAUUUCUUUGUAUUUUUUACAACCGAUAUUGUCAUGCUGAACCGCUGCAUAGGCCUACUAUUCUUCAAAGUGUAUAAUAAGUUAUUAUUACGCGCGUCCGGGUUGAUCCCGGACCAACCGUCAACCAUGUCCAAUGUUUACAAUGUCCUUUUAUUUUUAUUUGUGCCGUGUAUUUAAAGUAAAAAAGUGUUUUCAAAAACUAA